AGUGUGGUGUUCAUGUUCUUGAGAGAUCUUUAACCCUGCAGUCAACUUGCAGCCCCUGAGCUCUUCAGCACAGUGGGAUCAGGACAGGAGUGGGAGACGGGAAACAAAACAUCUACUAGUUUUCAUGCUGAAGGAGUAUUGUCGACUGCACUAGUCAUGGUGUUCUUCAGCGCUGAUCCGCUGUGCUGCUGGGUUUCACUGGCUGCUCUAGCGCUCGCCGCCGCUGUGGUCUGGUUCUACAGAGACUCCCGUCACAUCACCGGCAUCCACGAGAAAUACGUCCUAGUGACGGGCUGCGAUAGCGGCUUCGGAAACCUCGCGGCGCGGCAGCUCGACCGACGGGGGUUUCAUGUAAUCGCCGCGUGUCUCACCGAACCUGGUGCCUCCAGACUGCGCGCGGCGGCCUCCCCCAGACUGAAGACGCUUCUGCUCAAUGUUACCGACAGCGCGAGCAUCAAGAGCGCGCUGGAGCGCGUGCGCAGCGAGACCGGGGAGAGAGGUCUGUGGGGUUUAGUCAACAAUGCCGGCAUCUCGGUCCCCAUCGGCCCCACAGAUUGGAUGCAGCCGGAGGACUUUACGAAGGUUCUGGACGUAAACCUCAUGGGCCUCAUCGAGGUGACGCUGAACUUCCUUCCUCUGCUGAAGAAGGCCCGGGGUCGGGUGGUGAACGUGGCCAGCAUACUGGGCAGACUCUCAAUCAUCGGGGGAGGAUAUUGUCUCUCUAAAUGGGGUGUGGAGGCGUUCUCUGAUAGCUUGAGGAGGGAUAUGAUGCACUUUGGAGUGAAGGUAAGUAUCAUUGAACCAGGCUUCUUUAAGACACAAGUAACAGAUUUGAGCCUCAUUGAAGAUGAUCUGAAGAAACGGUGGAACAACCUCCCAGCAGAGGUCAGGGGAGCCUACGGGGACUCAUACCUGCAGGACUAUAUAAAGUUGCAGGCGUUCUCCAUGAGGAUUCUGGCAAGUAGUGACCUUUCCAAAGUGACAUCAUGCAUGCAGCACGCUCUUUCAGCACGCUAUCCCCGAACACGCUACGCCGCAGGCUGGGACGCCAAGUUUCUCUGGAUUCCCCUCUCGUACCUGCCUACUUGUAUAGCAGACGUCAUCGUGAACCUUCUAAUGCCUUCUCCAAAGGAGACCUGAACGUCGCUCCAGAGAUUUACUGAACAGGCCACUACAGAUCGCAUGUUGCAGCUCAACAGAUCAAGACAGUCAUCUUCUUAGUGAAUUAAUAAUAUGAAAUAUUCAAAGAGGUAUUUUUGUCUUUGAAACUGUGAUUGCUGUAUGCAACAUAAAUGCAAUCAAAUAAAGAUGUAUUUUAUAUA